AUGGCAACUACUCUUGCUCGACGAAAUCCUGUCAAAACACAAUCGGGCAGCCCACUCCUGCAAGCACCUUAUGACAUUAGGUGUGCUAUAUAUAGUUACCUUAUCCCGGACCAAGUCCAUGUCCAUCUUCGCGAGGGCAAAAUAAGCGUGUCGGAGUGCGUGCCAAACCCGGCCGUGCACGCCACUGAUCCAGGCUUGGAGCGCAAAGAAGGGUUGCCCUUGAAGGACGCGGAAUGGACACGUGAGGAUACUGAUACAUGGUCGACUCGUCUGCGAUCAACUUGGGGUCCUCACUGGAAAUGUGAAGAAACGAUGCUCCAGGCGCAACGCGAUGAUGCGACAAUGUAUAGCACGAUUGAGGCUCUUCUAUGGACUUGUAAAAAGAUGAGAGCAGAUAUUAAGGAGCAGAUGAUCUAUUCGACUAGUAUCAUUGUCACGAGCAUCGAAACGAUUGACGCCUUACUACAGGGAGCUGUCAGCACUGCAACAAUUCUUUGUCCUCUCGAGGAUAUCCGAAAACUGGAAAUCUCCUUACGCCUUCCACGUACAGUCUUCAACGCCUUUGAAGACCAAGUGACUGGAUCCCGCGAGGAACGUUUGGCAUGGAUGAUGCCGUCGGAUAGCGAUAUGACCCAAGCAGCUACAUGGCUACGAUUGGGCCCCGCUCUUUCUCGGAUAAAAGGACUUGAAGAACUCAAAAUCUGGCUCGAUCACAAUGAUGACGCUUACUGGAAAACGGUUAAUGAACGUACUGCUUUGUCUGCUCUCGCGCCCUUGGCAGAACUUCCAAACCUGGAUUUGACUAUCAACCUUCCGAGACAUUUCGAGGACGACAUACCCAUCCCACCUUUUGUGAUUCUGCGAAGAUUGCGGCAACGGCACCACGGUCGGAAUUGGAGGCCGGACUUUCCUAUCUUAGAAGAAGGCGACUGUUUUUUCGAGGACUAUAAUAGACAGGAGCUUGAGGACCUCGAGCGGCGGAUGUGGAGGAGAGGUUGUCCGAUUGCCUUCGCAGGUAGUCCCGCCAACACUGAUCGGUCACUCAUACGGUUUCCUUCGUAG